UUCUCCGUUGAGGCAAUUUGAACUUUAGUUCCAUCAGACUCUCCCCUGUCUCCUUGAAACCGUCUUUUAUCAUGAUAGUCCUACAGAGGUGUCUUAGUUUAAUGCAGGUUCCCAGAGUCAGCCUGUUAUCGCGAUGUUAUCGCAGCAAGUUUCGUGUGUCCAGCCCAUGUGUAGGGUCUCCCUGUCCGAACAUCACCACCCGAACAGCUCUGCUGUCACUUCAGAAUCAAAGAGGGUUCGAUCAUCUGUUAUCGGCUCAUGCCAACUCUUCUAGAAGUUUCUCAUCUUCUCCAUCUUCCAGAAAAGACGCUGUUGGGCAGAUCCAGUCAACACAUUAUCAUCUUGUUUACACAUGCAAGGUUUGCUCCACCAGGUCCAUGCAGAGGAUCUCUAAGCUGGCCUACCAUAAAGGUGUGGUGAUAGUGACAUGCUCAGGAUGCAAGAACCACCACAUCAUAGCUGACAACCUGAACUGGUUCUCUGAUCUGGAGGGAAAGAGAAAUAUCGAGGAAAUCCUUGCUGCCAAAGGGGAGUCUGUGAAGAGGGUGGAAGGCUCUGCUGCUUUGGAGAUAGUUCUGGAAGAAUCAAACACAGACAGUGCGCAGAAAGCUGAGAGAGAAGCGAAGGGGAAUGAGCCUGAAACAACGUGAUUUACCUUGAUCACACACUGCACUUGUAUCUUUAUAUAUUUACAUUUAAAAUAAAAGAACUAUUUGGUUAUCCUUUG